CAGUCUUCAGCUCGGGGAGGGAGAGGUAGUCGCUGCCAUUCACUACUCACCCUCUCUUUUAUUAUUAGCUCGCUUGGAUCCGGCAGCAGAGCUUUGCUUUCCUUCAGCAGCAGCAGCAGCUUUCCCCUCAUUACGCAACCGACAGGCUGCACACACACACACACACACACACACACAGGGAUCUCAGGUAAAGGUGUGCGGGAUCCAGGCAGGGAGAAGCGGCUGCUUUGGCGCUGAUGGAAGAUGCCACAGUAGGUCAGGUUGGACUCAAUUGAUGGGCCCUUUAAAUCGGAGCCCACACCGUCGUAUCGCCGCGCACUGAGGCGCUCCAUCCCCGUUUUUUUUCCCUCCUUUUUUUUUCUUCUCUUCUCUCCGCGUCCCGAUAAUGUUCAAGACGGCCAAUUACCCGACGGUGGACCCCGCGCCCACCAUCAUGCACGGCGCCUGGCUUACCACGGGGUGCCGAGAAAACGCGCCCGUGGCGGUGGAGAAGCCCAAGAAAAAGGCGUUCAGCCUGGUCAAAAUCAUGUCUCUGAGCAACAAGAAGGGGCACGGCCAGUAUCCGCAGCACAACAACAACAUGCCCUUUACGAUCCACUGUCACAUCGGGAAGGAGAUCAAGCACAUUUGCAGCAACUGCAGCCGCGGGAACGACACGCAGGACGCCGAGGAAGUAGAGAGGCUGGCCGCCAUGCGCUCUGAGUCCGUGCUCUCCGGCACCCACACUCCACCCAUCCGCCGUCGGAGCAAAUUCGCCACCCUGGGACGCCUCCUCAAGCCGUGGAAAUGGAGGAAGAAGAAGAGCGAGAAGUUCAAGCAGACCUCUGCAGCUUUGGAGAGGAAGAUGUCCAUGCGGCAGAGCAGAGACGAGUUGAUCAAGCGAGGGGUGCUGAAGGAAAUCUUUGAAAAAGCGACGGUUGAGUUCCGCUCCUCAAUGGACAGCGGAGUCGGCACUCAGGAGCACUCUAUCAAAUCAUCGAUGGUCCUGUCCACCAAGAAAUCUGUCACCUACCCAGGUGACCUUCAGGAUACCCCCGCCAAGCCGCCGCUGUACCACAAACAGCCUCCUGCGCUCCCUCCAAAGCCUUUCUCUAGGAUCCCAAACCAUAGCACAGAUUCUUGCCAGCCGAUGAAGUUGCCCUGUAUGCCCGGGGGAAAGCACUCUCCACCUCUGCCUCCCAAGAAAGUUAUGAUUUGUGUGCCUCAAGGGGGGCUGGACUCAUCCCCCUCUCCAUCCCCCAAUCCCCUCAGCGGGCUCUCCCAAAAGUGCGCCCCUUCCCAGGGCAUGUCCCUCCACCACGGCACCCUGCUGCCCUCCCAGCUCGCCGGUCUAUCCAGUCUCCACCAGAGCCACGGUCACCCGCUGCAGCUCCAGUACGGCAGUUUGCACGCUCCCAGCCGUAUCAUCGAGGAGCUCAAUAAAACCCUGGCGCUCUCCAUGCAGAGGUUUGAAAGCUCUGCACUGCACGGUGUCGGUCAGUGUGCUCCCCUGGACAGAAGAGAAGUGCCGUCCGUGAUCAUCGACUAUGAGGACGACAAGGAGAACAUGCCCAACGAGUCCGAUUACGAAGACCUGCCCAGCAUGUACAAGGACGAGGACGACGUGGACGACGAGGACGACGAGGACGACGAAGAUGACGACUCGAUAUUUACGAGUUCCCUGGCCCAGAAGGUGCUGAGGAAAGACUCUCUGGCCAUCAAGCUGAGCAAUCGUCCAUCCAAAAGAGAGCUGGAGGAGAAAAACAUCCUGCCCAUGCAGACGGAUGAGGAGAGACUGGAGUCGAGGCAGCAGAUAGGCACCAAACUCACAAGGCGCUUGAGUCAGAGACCCACAGCAGAGGAGCUGGAGCAGAGGAACAUCCUCAAACCUCGCAAUGAGCAAGAGGAAAUGGAGGAGAAGCGGGAGAUCAAACGGAGGCUAACACGAAAGCUGAGCCAGAGGCCUACGGUAGAGGAGCUGAGACAGGCCAAAAUUCUCAUCCGAUUCAGUGACUACGUGGAGGUGUCAGAUGCCCAGGAUUAUGACAGGCGGGCAGAUAAACCUUGGACCCGGCUGACAGCAGCUGACAAGGCAGCUAUACGGAAGGAGCUCAACGACUUCAAGAGCAAUGAGAUGGAAGUGCACGAGUCGAGUCGCCAUUUAACCAGGUUUCACAGACCAUAGUAGACUACCACUCACUGUCUCGAGCAGUGCCGGACCCGGCGCUCUCCUCCACUGAGAACCUUAAGUGCUGGACAGUAAAAAUGGUGCCCGUUUCUACAAUAAGGCCAUGUCUUCUGAAAUGCCUUUUUCAAGACCCACACAACUGAGUCGGUACUACGGUCCAAGAUGCAGACACACCCACUACUCCAUCCAUUGUAGUAGCACAUAAUGACUCCAGUUGAUUCACAUCGUCGCCCCCUCUCUGUGGAAUUUCGCUCGACUGUCUCCGCCGAGCUCUCAGGCAGGCACUCAGGUCUGCGGGAGAGCUUUCGUUUCGGAAUUGAUUGACACCUUUCGACAUCUGGCCGAGGAGCGACAGCACCUCGGCUCAUCAGUAAACACCCGGCGGAUGUGUCUCAGUGGACGUGUUUUUAUCCCUUCUUCUCUACUCCGGACUCCUCUACGGACAGCUCUGUGCAGGGAUGACUGUUGUGGGCUCGCUAUAUCAGUAGGAGAUUCCAUCUUAACUCAACCUGCUGGGACUUAACAAAAAAAAGGAAAAAAAAAACAGCUUAGAAGACACACAGGAAGGGAGUAAGGGGGUCCAACAUUAGAAUCGUGUGCAAUAUUUCUUUUCUUUUGCUUUUCCUAGGCUAUAGCACCCCCUGGAGUCCCCUCUGUGUCAUUACUCUGUAGUCCUGACUUUUUCUUCCUCUUCCUCCCCCGUACGUGCAAUUCUCACUGUACCGACGACAUCUAAUUGCUAACUGUGAAUUUGAGAGUUUCACUCUCUCCAAAUGUACAUUUUGUUUAUACCGAGGAAGGCAAAUUACAUUUUAAAGAAAAAUCAUGCUUGACAAAGUUUCAUUCACGUCACAAUCUUAUGAAAUUUAUUGUAAAAAAAAAAAAAAAAAAAAAUGAAAAAAUGCAGCUGGCAGAUCUAUUCUGGUUCCAGUGUGUCGCAACUAUUAUCUGUUUUGUAUUUUUGUUUUUGUUUUUGAUAGAGGCACUCGGAUCAUAAACGAUUCAUUCUCGUUUUUUUAACGUCUCAGCGCGACCAUGUUGUCGUCCGACAUUUUUUUUGUGUGUUUGCAGCGGCGUGUUUUAAUGAUCUUUGCUCAUAAUGUGCAUUGUAUUAUACACUUUACUUUUAUACUCAUAAGCUUUUGACCAAGCAAUAUCUGUUGUUUGUAGAGAAGAGGUUAAACUACAGGUGUACUACCCAAUUUUUAUUAUUAUUAUUUUUUUUUACUGUGCUCAUACACAACGCCUCACAUCAGGGUUUUAAUUUUCUUUUAUACUUUCACGAAGGCUUUAUUCAGGAGGAACUUUUUUCUGUAUUUUUCUCGACUGAGCCACCCAAAAACAAACAAACAAACAAACAAACAAAAAACAUCAGUAGCUUAACCACACAUUAGGUCAAGAUUUGAGUCUCAAGUCUGUAAUUGAACAUGAUACAUUCUCAGUUUUGGAAAAACUGAAUUUUACUGAAUUCAUCGAGUCAGGAUUUUUUGAUAUUUACCACUAAAAAUUCUUUGCACUGUUAAGGCUUUACAAACGGUCACAGUUUUGAGGUCAGGGCCCAAGUGUGUAAAAUAUUGUUCAAUCUCUGAUCUGUGACCUUCUCGUUUUUUUCUUUAUUUUGACGGUCUUGUUGUCAUUGAUCCUACGCCACACUGUUCCAAUGCUCGUAAGCUUUAAUGUACACACAAUAUUUUUGUUAUUUUUUACUGUUUCACUUUUGAAGUUGCAAUAUGAAAUUCCACGUUUUGUCAGACGAAGAAAAGCAAGUCGACAUGAUGCAUCUGUCUGCAAAGGAAAAACGUGUUCGCCCUCAUUUUCAAGGUCUCGAUCAGUGACUCCAAUAAACCUGGGAACCGAGAAUACAAAAACUGGUUUUGCACUUUAUGAUUUUUAUGUAAAUUAAUAGGGGUUUUGUUAGAGUUCGGAGCACACGUCACAAUGCUCCUUUUUAAAAUCAAAUGUUCACUGGGUCAUCUAAUCUCCGAGACUUUGAAAUGUGAGGUUUUUUUGUGUGUGUGUGUUAGAACCAGCUUCUGUAUGAUUCCAGCAUCAUGCAAUUGUUUGAGAUUUAUCCGUCCAUAGGUUCAGUGCAAUUAGAGCAUAAAUAGGAAUGAAUUUAUAUAAAAAUACACUCCAGAUCUCAUUUCAGCUCUAAGAAACAAACCUGAGCCGCCGGGCAGAGCAUGAGGUGUUUUUAUUUUACUUUUUUUCUCCCAUUUUGCUGGAAUCAAGGAACAUGAAUUCAGCAAUAAUCUGUUUCCUUUUUACAUGUUGGUGGAGCAACUGAACGAAUCUGAAAGUGAAUUUUGAAAGUGAAACUGAAUUUUUGAAAUACAGAAUACCAUGUAAAGGAUACGUCAUGCCAAUUAAAUCCCAUUUCUGAAUGCA